GCGCAGUUAGUGAGGCACCGACACCAGAGGAACCAGCGUCAGUCAGUCAGCUCCAGCAAGCCUGCUGGGGAGGGAAGAAAACUGAGAUCGGAAGAGCUUUCGGAACAAACAAACCAAAAACAAAACAUAAAUGCAUCAGAUAAAAUAAAACAAGUGGCACAUCUCGCAGCAGCGGUUCGAUCUGUCCUCAUCAUCUUCUGCCACGAUAACAGGCUGCCAUCAGAGGAGCGCGGAGAUGUACAGUGCGCAGGCUCUCCACAGCAUCAAACCCCAGAGCAGCGCACAGAUCCCAUUGUCGACUUGUUAACCUGGAGAGAGUUUUGGCCGUCAAGCUUUUCAAAGACAACAAAAAGAGAAACAACCCCCUUGGAAUAAUAGUCAGUGGACGAAUUGCUGCUUUGUGGGACUCUGUACUUCACACCCAAACCCUCCUAAGAAGGUUAGAGGAGCAUGUAAGUGAAACAAGUGGAGCCCUCUGUGAUUUCAGCAUUCUGUCUCCCCCAUCUGUGCCUACAUUCUCCGCUACAGAUAGGGACGUUUUGAUAAUUACAUAUAAUUAUAAUUUCUGUGGGAGACAGAUCUGCCUCUGUCUAUUAUUGCCAACACCUCCAGUACAAUAACUUCACACAUUUACAUAUCUCUCAACAAAAGUGAUAUUCUCUGAACCCCCUGGAGAUCAAUCAGGAAUAAUUCUGCUCCGACUGACAUGUCACAUGCAAAAGCAAUGUGCCAUUCAUCUCAUAUCUAUUUAAGGAUACGGCUGAGUGACAAGGGUGACUUUUUUUUUUCAUAAAAAUCUGCCUGAAAAACCAUGGCAUUUAGCUCUUGUUGCUGCACGUUUUAAAAGGCCGGCAGUCAUUCUUCUGCUUCAUGUGUGCUCGUAAUUUUUUCCGCCUUCUAGCACAUGAGCAGAGCCUUCCUCGUUAUCACCCACAGUCCAGUCACAGUAACGGCUUGUGCCAGGCGAGCGCUGACCAAACUGAUCCCGAUGGAGUCCUCCGAAAUGAGUCGGCAUUAAUGGACAAUAUCGAUCCACAUUGUUUGAUGGACAUAAAAUCCCCAAAUUUGUUAGAGCACUAUUCUCAUACAUUUCUUCUGAUAGCGACAUCUGCCUACAAAUGAAUGAAGUCCUGAAUGUAGAAAGUGCCAGACUGAACUAGUUAGCGGAAGAUGAAUAGAACAGACAAAACACUCCCUGUGAACCAUUUCUCAAGUGCCAGAGUCAGCAGACGAAUGUACAGGAGAGUCUUGUUUUAUUGAAUCAAUUUGGUACUCAUAGAGGACUAUUGGGGCCAGAAAUUGAAACCGUAUCCAUCAGGGUAUUUUUAAGAGAGAUGGGAACAAAGCUAUUAUGCUUUCAGGGUCUUUCAUAAAAACAAUGUCAUUACCAUUCAGAUUAAAUACUGGCACACACAUUAAUGCACUCAUAAAUUGACGGAAAUAUACUUUUUCUUUUAAAAAUGACAUUAUUUAGCAUACCUGAAUGAAUUCCGUGAUACAUCUUUGAUAUCCAGAAGGCUGUACAUUAAAUUCUUCACAUGGCGUUUUAGUGGGUUAAGCUGGGAAAGCGGAUAAAGCUUUGUAACUACAUUGACUCAACAACAGAAAAUAGGUGUCUUAGUCAUGUAAAAAUGACGCCCACCACCUAUCUCCGAGUCCUUGCCGUCUCCCUGCUCUCCCUCUUCGCUGCCCCUCUUACCAGUGCAGUGGAGCCCUCUUCGUCCCCUCCUCCUCAGCAUGUAGAUCGCUCCGGGAGGCCGUUCACCGAGCAGCCGGACGCAGAUUCCAGCUCCUCUCUUCUGCUCCUUGCCAUCCAGGCCAAUGCCAGGCCAGCGGCUCUACGGAGCAAACCUAAAGCCCCAGAGGAACCUCCAGACACCUCAGAGAGAGUUCUGGAGCCGCUUCCCAAGCCCCUGGCCCAGGUGACGUUUCCGAAGAAUGCAACCUCUUCUGAGGGCCUAGGAGGAGGCAAUUUUGGGGCAGCCCACAUCCCACCCCGCAUCAUGGAUGGAUGGACAGAUGUUUGUUGGGGUUACUACGAUGUGAUGGGACACUUUGACAAUGCUUUCAACUGCUCCAAGGACUCAUACAUCUACUGCUGCGGAACAUGCCACUACCGCUUCUGCUGUCCAGACCAAAGCCGCAAGCUGGUGCAGGACCUCUGUACAAACUACAACUCUCCAGACUGGGCCAAGCCACAGACAGAGGCCAUGAUGAUACCAGAGGAGGUGGGUCCCGACCCGGACUACGAUCCACUGAAGCAGCAGAGCCACAACACGGGAUUUGUCAUCGGUGGUGUUGUUGUGUUCAUGGUGGCUGUGGCUGUGGGUAUCAAGGUGUGUUUCAACAAGGUCCAACAGGAGGCCAACCAGAGAGACCUGAAUAUGCCCAGAGCCCUGGUUGACAUGUUGCGACACCAGUCGAGUCCGGUCCAGCAGGAUGAAAGAAACAACAGCGUGGCUCUGACCGUCGCAGACGGACAGGGGACGCUGGGAAGAGCUCCGAAAAAUCUCUACGCCCCGGGAGUGCCCAGCAAGGACAACAGAUUGGGCAAUCUGCAGCACAAUUUCAUCCACUCAUCAGGCUCCAGCCCCAAACACACUGCGACUAUCGAGCGCACCCCUCGGAUGAACAAUGCUCAGCUGGCAGCUGGAGGCACCCUGCUUUCCAGCAAACACAACAACACCAAAUCCCAGCCGUCCUUCCAUCACUCCCUGCACAACCUGGCCCAGCUGCCGCCCUCCUACGAAAGUGCCACCAAACCCGAGCUCAACAGAUACUCCUCACUCAAACGCCUCGAGAAAGGACUCGAUGAGUACUCGUCUGGUUACUGCACCACCAAGCGCCGACCCCACACGGCUCAGCCGGCCCUCCAGUCCUCCCAGCACCACCUCCACUGGGGUGGAGACUACACCCUCAGUGGGAGAGGAACCCUCCCCAGACACGCCAUCCGUCCCUGGAUCCCGCCGCCCCCCUCUGGGAUGCCUGCCUCUCCCACUCCCAAUCCUUACCCUCUGGAUCCCCCUGAGCCCCAGUACAAUCCCAACUACGACACUCUGUCCAAGCCUGCGAGGAAAGUGAAGUCCACCGAUCAGCUGCUCAACAUGGGCGACGUCCCCGGCAACACCGGGACGCUGUCUCGGAUGUCCAAGAACCAGCAACACCAGUACCACAAAGCCAUUGCAGCCUCCAACAAGAACACCAACAUGCAAACCCUGACCAGGAAGCCGAAGGACAGGCAGGAGAUACAGGACAGGCAGGAGAGGAUGCUCAUGUCCCCGGACCACUUGGAGGACAGGAUGGGGGUCAGCGGGAUGGGAGUGGUGGAUCCCUAUGCCCACACAGGAACUGGCAUCGUCCCCACGCUGCCGCGGCAGCAGAAGGCCCAGUCCCAGCAGAACGUGUGUGCCACGCCUUCCCUCGACCGGCACCACAUGAUCAAGAUGAACUCUCACCCCACGUCUGGCCGGGAGCAGGAGAGAAGCACGGGCAUGACGAGUCACGUGAGCGGGGGCGUGGGCUGGUCGGGGGAGGUGGCCGGGCCCGGGGCCGGGGCCGGGGCUGGGGUCGUCAUGGGAACGGGAACGCUGGGGGGCCACAGCGCCAGGAGGAUGGCUUUCGCAGCGAAAAGGCAGAACACCAUCGAGCAGCUACAUUUCAUACCAGGAGGAGGAGGCAGCGGCGGCGGCGGGGGGUCUGCAGGAAGCGCAGGAGGCAGUCAGGGGAUCAGGACGGGGAGUAAGAACGAGGUGACGGUGUAAGGUAAAAAUCCCUUAGACGUAGGGGAAUAGAUCACCCUUCUGCAUUUAACUAUUAGAUACAAUUACAAAUAAAACUAGAAGUAUUCAGUAGAAACAGUAACGUGUUUAGGCUAUUCAAAUUAGUUUUCUAUUUAAUCAGAUUAGCUUGAGUAAGACUACCUGUAAAACUAAAAGUCUAGGUGGGCACAACUUUGUGAUAGCCUACAUCAGCCAUAUUUUCUAACCGAUUUUUGCCAUAUCGCCAUAUACAGCAGUGCCAUUACUCGUAGAAGGACUGGUGAAACAAAACCAAUAGAGGAAUAGUUCAUGAUUUAGUUUUUCUAUAUCUAUAUAUAAAUAUAUACAUACACACACAUAUUUAUAUAUUUGUGUGUUUUUCAAGAAGUACUCAGGAGCCAUAUUAGAUAUAAAGUAUGAGACGUUGAAACUUGGUUUAAGGAAGCAGAGGACUUCAGAGGAGAGAGCCAGCUGCCUGGACUGAUGUUGACAUGUUAGGCUGAGGAAACCGGAUCAGUCUCAAAGACCAUUGUGCCUGCAUGGUGAAACAUUUUGGAUAUUUUACAUUCUGGAUAAAAAAAAACUCAUCUUGACACAAGGAGACUGAACUGCGCUUUUGCUUCCUAAUUUGGUGGACAAGGCUGUUUUCCAGCAGGACUCCUCGCCUGAAUUUCAAACCGAGGACGGACCCAAAAUUAACAAUCCGACACCUGGGUUGCCUAAUUUUCCACGUGACCUUAGAUUUCAAACAAUCAGAGGAACACAAACUCUGACCACAGCGACGCUACAAGGAAGCCGAUAUUCAAAAAUGAUACAGGGUCGUUUUCGGGGGCUGACGAUUUCCCCUGCUGUUUCCAUUCACAGAUCAGGCCCUACCAAAUAAUACAGAGCCAUCUGUUUUAAUAUUACCCAAAAAGAAGAAGCGUGUGUUCAGUUCACCUCCAGGGAGGCGACUUGCUGUGCGAUACGUUUGCUUACAAAGAGCACAAAGAGGAUGCACUUAGACAACUGUCCUUCAAAGCCAUCUUUUUGGAGAUACAGAGGAAGUGUUAACCCUGGAAGCUGGUCUGACAAUCACCACUUAGUUAUUACCACAAAUGAUACAAGCCAGUGAUGUUUUGUACAGUCAAAGGAUUGUCUUUGGAGCGAGCCGGUGAGAAAAACAUCCUCAGAGUCCGGAGUGGGGGUGAAAGACUCGGACGGAUAGGAAGCCCUUCACGUCUUCAAGACAAGGAACUUGCUGUAUCAUAAUGCACUUCAGCCAGUAUGAGUUAGAAAAAAUAUAUAUAUAAAAAAAUAGAAAAAAAAUCAUCAAUAACAACGCUUAUCAAUACUAAGGGCUAUCCUAUCCUAUAUACUGUAGUAUGUGAUAUCUGUGGUCCAUAUAAAAUGCUCUCUCUUUCUAUCAAUUUUGUGUUGAUAUUGUCAUGAUGUAUCAAGUAUCAAUGUGUACGAACAAAACAAACAAAAAAAAAACUACAAAAAAAUAAAAACAAGAGCAAUUUAAGCACAGUUCCAGGAGAAACACAGAGACAAAACUUUGCACAAACCAAGUCCCCUGAUAUUUGCACCAGACGCGAGCACGCUCCGUGUCGUGUCCUCAAGGUUUACAUUCUGCACGAGCUCGGCCGACCAGAGCGCGACUCAUCUAUGGAAGAGGGUACUGCAUUGAGAGAGGGUUUAUUUUUGUUCCUUAUUUUUAUUUCUGUUCUUAUCGAGUGAAAUCAGAGGUGUGAGUGACGGAAGGAACGUUUCGGCCAGGGGAUAAGACGAGGCGAAACGCUGAAGAGCAGAAACACACGACUCCAUUUGGACAAUCUUCCUAUACACAGUGCUAAAUGUAGUUGUUAUAAAUUUGAUGGAGUGUUAUUAUUAAUAAUUAUUAUAACUGUUAUGGUUAUUAUUAACAAUUAUCUUAUGAUAUGUGAUGUUCUUUUACUUGGUGGGAUUUUAAGUGUUUAUUGUUUUUAGAUGACUUUACAUUUUCAUGACUAGUUGUUUUGUUUUUCUUUCUUUUUUUUUUCUUUCUGGUCAUUAAGAUUUUGAGAAGUCUCCAAACCUUGAUGCAUGCCAGCUCCAUUUCAUUGAGAGGCAUUGACCAAAAGCAUGCCUGGCAUUUCUAAAGGGUCGUCAAUGCUUCGAAUGGCCAAACCCUCCAGCUGUAUGUACCGUGCCUAGACAUCAGCCUUACGACUUCUUUGUCUCAAGUGAUUACUUAAGGUUUCCACUCGGGUACAAAAAAAUAAAAAAUACACGUUUCGAAAAAUUCUGCAGCCUUCUAGCUAGACGUGCAUCGAGAGAGUUUCUUCUGCAGCAGCCUGGCCGGCUAACUCAUGGCGGGCUGUGCGCACAAAACCCUACGAUGCCAUAAUGUUUGUAUGUUCAGGUGAAUGUUGAGUACAGAGGAGCGAGAGGACUGAACGGAAACUUGAAAGCUUUGAAGUGCAGUGUCUUUUUUCAGGGAAAUAGGACAGACAACGUAGAAGUUGUAUUCGAUUUCUUUUUUUUUUUUUUUUUUUUUUAAAUAGAACCACAAAAAGGUCUGUAGCAAAGUCUGUAAUAACUCACAAGCCAUAUCCAUUUAAUACUCAUCACAGUUUUUAUAAAUGGUUAAUCUAAUUUGUGGAAGUAUUGUAUUUUGUAUAGCUAGUACAAUCAGAAUAUUUUGAGUGAUCUCUUCAACAUUAAUUUGAGGAUACAAAAAAAAAAAACCUUACGUGUUAGUAUUUAAUGAACUGUACAGUGCCAAACUCAUAACAUUUUGUUGUCUUUUUAUUCUCAUAGCAUCCUCCUAUAUAGGGGUUAUUUCUUUUUGUCAUAAAGGAGAAGUAAUUGGCAAGCAGGUACACUGAGAAGCUUGUUUUAUUUGGAGAGAAAUGAAUGACUAUGGUGUGCAUUUUUACCAUGAUGAAUUCAUUUCGAAGGGAAGAUGCAUAAAAGCCACCUGAGGCGGACAGGCAGAGUGAUCAGUAAAGGAAAUUUAUGGAUUUAUUUUCAUGCUGAUAGAUUUAAAUACGAAACCCUUUUUGUUAUUGUUGAAUGCAUUGAUUCCCUUGGAUACGACAGUGACAAAGAAUUUGUAUAAUAAAGUUGGUGGAAAAAAUG